UCCGUCGCGGUUUUGGUUUGGCUCCCGCUUUUGGUCUUGGAUAGCAGCCAGCAGAAAAUGUCUCAGUACUCAGGAAAUAUCACUUUUUACGAAGGCAAAUGCUUCACGGGCAGAAAGCUGGAGGUCUGCGGCAGCUGCAGCAGCUUCCAGGACCGAGGUUUCCUCAACCGGGUCAACUCCAUCUGCGUCCAGAGCGGGGCUUGGGUCUGCUUUGAUCACCCCGACUUCCGAGGGCAGCAGUACAUCCUGGAGCACGGCGAGUACCCCGACUUCUAUCGCUGGAACAGCCGCAGUGACCACCUGGGCUCCUGCCGGCCCGUCGGGAUGCACGGCGAGCAUUACAGGAUCGAAAUAUUUGAGGGGAGCCAUUUUAGCGGUCCCAGCCUGGAGCUGAUGGAAGAUUGCUCCUUCCUGCAGGGACAAGGCUGGGACAAGACCUGCAUCAACGCCCUCAAAGUGUACGGUGAUGGCGCGUGGGUGCUGUAUGAGGAGCCCAACUAUCGAGGCCGUAUGUAUGUGGUGGAGCGGGGCGAGUUCAGCAGCUUCAAUGCAUGGCAGGCGCGCAGUGCAACCGUCCAGUCCAUCAGAAGAGUCAUCAACUACUUCUAG